ACAUAUAAAGGGGGUGGAGAAGAUGCAAGCACGCAACCAGUCAGGGCAGACGGGCACUGGAGCAAAAUAUUCAUCCACACUUAACAUGUCAAUCAGGAUUAAUUACCCUUACAAUCCGCCCCUCUAGGUCCACCAGGACUUUCCACUUGUGAAAAUAGCUCAAAGUCUAGGAAGAGGGGGUAAUAUAUAAAGCAGGACAGGACAGGAACACAACACCAAAGACCGCGGCGGUUUCAGUAGCGCACAACACACUGCGUCGCUUGGAUUUGUCUUUCACGCUUCUGCGUCUCACUCGGUGGCUGACAAGCAAAGAUGAGUGAUUACUCAGACUUUUCAAGAGCCUGAUGCCCUUCGAGGAUGUCAAAGCGCUCAAAACAAACGCACUUCUGGGUUUCAUUAUUUAACAUCCCGCGUCCGAUUUGCUCAUGAAAAAGUUUCUGAGGCUGUAGAUAAAAAAAAAAUAUAUAUAUAUAUUUGCAGAUAUCUCCCGCGGCGCACUGUUUGGAGGACAUUAGAGCUAGUCAGCGCAUUACUUGUCUGCUGUCUGUGACCACUUUCCGAGAUGGAGCUGAAAAGCGCAUUUCGUAUGCUUUUCUUCCCGAUCCAAAUGUUCUAUCAUAUAGUCCGGGCAAGUUUGUUGUCGCUGUUGCCAAGCAGCAAGAAGGACUUAAGUAAGGAGGUGGUAUUGAUCACUGGUGGAGGUCGAGGAAUUGGACGUCACCUGGCCAUGGAGUUCGCCAAGCAAGGAGCCAAAAAGGUGAUCCUUUGGGGCAGAACAGAGAAGUGUUUAAAAGAGACAGCUGAAGAAAUCUCCCUCUCUGGAUCAGAAUGCUGUUACUUUGUAUGUGAUGUGGCCAAUCGGGACGAAGUGUACAAACAAGCCAAAGUGGUGAGAGAAAAGGUUGGAGAUGUUACAAUAUUAGUGAACAAUGCAGCUGUAGUGCAUGGUAAAAGUUUGAUGGACAGCGAUGACGAUGCUCUUCUGAAAACUCAACAUAUCAACACCUUGGGACAGUUCUGGACAACAAAAGCUUUCCUGCCUCGAAUGCUGGAACUACAACACGGCCAUGUAGUGUGCAUUAACUCCAUCCUGUCCCAGUCCCCAAUCCCUGGGGCCAUAGACUAUUGCACCUCUAAAGCCUCAUCACUGGCUUUCAUGGAGAGUUUGACACUUGGCUUAUUGGACUGUCCCGGUGUCGGCUGCACCACUGUGCUUCCUUUCCACACCAACACAGAGAUGUUUCGGGGUAUGAGAGUCAGGUUUCCUCAGCUCUUUCCACCACUUAAGCCUGAAGUAGUUGCCCAGAAGACCGUUGAUGCUGUCAGAACUGACAAGGUCUUCCUUUACUUGCCCUGGACAAUGCACGCCCUUGUUAUACUUAAAAGCUUCAUGCCACAAGUUGCCCUUGAGGAAAUCCAUAGGUUCUCUGGGAGUUAUACCUGCAUGAAUACAUUCAAAGGAAGGACAUAAAUCUGGAUUGCACACAUCUCAAGAGACUUUGUGUUGAAAUAAAGGGAAUAUGGACCUUAAAGCAAUCAAAGAUGGAGGAUUUCUUAUGAAAUCGAAGAUGAACACUUAAGGAACAUAAAAAGUUGCUGCUUCUGCACGUAGAAGUAAGCAGUAAACUACAUGAAACACCUCCCUGUGUGUACAUGUAUAAAGCAGAAUCCAUGCAUAAUUCUAUACAAGCUGUUAUUCUGGGAAGGUUUUCGUGACACAUUUGCUAUUUUUACAAUUUCAAAAUCCUUUUUAAUGGGUCUCAAGGAAAACAAAGUAAUAAAACUGAGUUUUAGAAAUAAAAUGUAUUUUAUGUUUAAAAUGAAAAUGGCAAAACACCAAGUAUCCACACAGUAUUAUAUGACUGGGUUGUGACUCUCGAAGUGUGAUGGCAGUUGAAUUUAUUCUGAGCACAAGGCAGUGUCAAAGAUGUCUAAAACAUAAAACAUUCUCUUGUGAGGUGCAUGAGGCGUACUCUUGUUUGGUCUCAGCUUUCAGAAAACAUUGUAGGUAUGCAAGGUAAUGUAAUUCUCAAUGAAAAAUAAUGAACCCAAAUCAGAUCAGUUUGGCCCUCCACAUGUGGGUAAAAUGGUUUUGCACAAAAUUCAAUUAAUAUGGACAGGCAGUGAGACCACUGAAGUUAUUGCACCCAGCAGUUAUCAUGAGGCUUUUAUUAUUCAAUAAAAAUAAAUUUUAUUUAUUUAAGGGGAAGAUGAUAAUAUAACAAAUUCGAUUUAAGCAGUUUGACUCGUACCCAGACAAUGUUAAGAUGUCUGGAAAUAUGGCACAUUUGUGUUUGUAGAUCAAACAGACCCCCAGAGGCAUAUAUAAUAGAAGAACAAUGUGGGUUCUCUUUUGCAUAUGAAUCAGAGCACAUUCAAAUACUGUAAUACAAAACACGUGGAAAGAAGAAUAACACAAUAGAUGAGAUUUGACUCACAAUUAAAUUCACAAUUGCCUUUUUAAUCAACAUGGGUUUUUUUCAAACUGAAGAAUAAAAUUAGGAGUUGAGCUUGGUAGAUCAAUCAACACUCUUUAGUCUUAAAGUUAAACAGAGCCUGCAUGUUCUAUAAAUCUGUAUGGGUCUUGGAAUUAAACAUUGCAUUGACUCACAAGUGCCUUAAACCACGUUUGAGUAAAUGACCAUUGAUUCUAUCUAAGGAGGCUGUGAAAUACGGAGCCAGUAAACAAUUUAACUCAGCAUGUUAGAUGAAUACUUUGACAUUUUGGUAAACGUGCUGAUUAACUUCCAUGCCUAAGGUUAUAA